AUGCCCAUCCCUCCCACCCCAGUCCAUCCCAGCUCCAUUCCAGUUCAUCCUAGCCCCGUCCCAGCCCAUCUCACACCUCGGGGCUCAGCUUCAGACCCCCCCCGAGUGGGGGGAUCCCGAGGGGGGGGUCCUGGAGGGGGGUCGCGGGGGUUGGGGUCCCGACGGGGGUCCCGCCCCCCCGCCCAACGCUACCGGCGGCACCCGAAGCCCCCGUACUCCUACCUGGCCCUCAUCGCCCUCGUUAUCCGGGCAGCACCGGGACAGCGGCUCAAGCUCGCCCAGAUCAUCCAGGAGCUCAGCAGCCUCUUCCCCUUUUUUGGGGGGAGGUACCAGGGCUGGAAGGACUCGGUGAGGCACAACCUCUCCUGUAACCCCUGUUUUGCCAAGGUGCUGAAGGACCCAAGCAAGCCCAAAGCCAAGGGCAAUUACUGGACGGUGGACGUGAGCCGCAUCCCCCCCGCCGCCCUGCGCAUCCAAAACACGGCCGUGGCGCGGGGGGACGACACUUUUUUCGCCCGGGAUUUGGCUCCGUUUGUUCUUCGGGGGUGUCCUUACCCCCCGCAAACCAAACCCCCAUCCUCAGAUUCAGAACUGGGGGGAGGGGGGACCCAAACUAUGCCCCCUCCCAACAAAAGCAUCUUUGAUGUUUGGCUGAGUCACCCUGGGGACAUUGUGGCCCCUGCCCUUCAUGGGACCAGUUUAUUCCCAGCCCCCACCCGCCCCGGGGGGUCCCGGUCCCGGCGCCUUCGUGUCGCUGCCCUGCGGGGACCCGACGGGGAGAGCCGAGGGGGGGCGGAAACAGCCAGCCCGGCCGAGUUUAACUGA